AUGACAUUGCUUGCAGCUGUUAAAGGUUAUCGAUUCAUGGCAAAGUACAUUACUUUCGAAAACUCAGCAGGAGAAGGCAGUCAAGCUGUUGCCCUAAUGUCUGAGUCUGACCAAUCAUCAUUUUACAGAUGUACAUUUUUAGGGUACCAGGACACACUCUAUGCAAAGUCGGGCAAGCAAUUUUACAAGGAGUGUGACAUCUAUGGCACUGUUGAUUUUGUGUUUGGUGAUGCUGCAGCAGUUUUUCAAAGCUGCAACCUUUAUGCAUGGUUGCCUAACUGCAUUAUUACUUUCACUGCACAGGGAAAAAAGAUCCCCAAUCAAGUUAGUGGAUUUGUCAUUCAAAAUUCCACUUUGACAGCAGCCCCAGAUUUACAGUCCAACAAAUCUCAGGUUCACGCUUUUCUUGGAAGACCGUGGUUUGCAUGGUCAACCGUGAUUGUGAUGCAAUCCUACUUGGAUAGCAUCGUAGAUCCAGCUGGGUGGUAUGAGUGGCCUGGCCAUCGCACAGAUGAGCUAACCUAUAUAGAAUAUGGUAAUUGGGGCCCUGGUGCAGGAACAGGGAGACGAAUUUCAUGGGUGGGAUAUAAAGCAUUGAAUCAGUCCGAGGAAGUCAUUCCUUUCACAGUUUCUAAGUUUAUUACUGGGGAUUCUUGGAUUCCAGAGACUGGAGUCCCUUACACCAGCAGUUUAUAUUAG